CGUGCGCGAAUGUCCGCGUUCGAUUCGUGCGCGAACCAAAACAGAACGGCCGAUCAACUAUGGCCAACUUCACCGGGUGCGCUCUGGUUCACGAGUUCAGCAAACACUCCGAAGAUCAAUGUGAGUUCGUGAGGGAGUGCGAAGACUGCCACCGAGGAGAGGGCUUCAUUCCAUACAUCACCCUGAUCUACUGCUUGCCGUAUCGACCAUAUUUACCAUUGGCCGCUCUCUUGUGUGUGAGUUUGUACCUGUUCGCUGUACUGGCAAUCACCGCAAACGACUUCCUCUGUCCCUCCCUUGUGGCAAUUUCUAAGAAACUCGGCCUGUCGCAAGCCGUCGCCGGCGUGACGUUCCUCGCAAUCGGUAACGGCGCCCCUGAUAUAAUCGCCGCGUUCACGGCAAUCAACCAAGAGAGGUCGGCUCUCGUGAUCUCGGAAUUAUUCGGUGCCGGUACGUUCGUGACAGCCGUGGUCGGAGGCUACAUUUUCUUCUCGAGCGACUUCACCGUCGACAAGUUUUCCUUCAUCAGAGAUGUCGUCUUCUACUUGGCAGCGGCAGCUCUGGCUUUCGCCCUCUUCAAGCUGGAACGGGUGACGGUAUACCACGCAGCGCUUUUCGUCGCAAUCUACGCCCUUUAUAUAGCGCUGGUUUUGAUUCGAGAACUGGUCUCAGUUCCAAAUGAAUCGACCCACUACGGAGGUCAUUAUUCGCCGCCUCUAGCCCAGUCAGCCCUUGAGGGCGGUGGGUUUUGCGAAUCUGAUAGACUUCUCGGACCAGAGGUGAAACUCCGUCGUCCGUCGGGCCUGAACGUUCAUCAUCAGAACGCGAUAAAAAUUCUGCUCCAACAGCAAGCUCAACUGAACCAUUCCCCGCCAGCGACCAGUCACCCCCGAAGCGGUUCCGUUUCGUUUGUUCAGACCCCGAACAGUAUGAUCUCGCGGGAAUUCCUGCAGAGAUCGCGCUCGGUUUCCACCAGUCACCCAUCGAUUGGUUACAUGAAGGAUCACCUGGAUCGACUCGCGAGCGUGUCAGACAGCAGCAGCAGCUCUGAAUCAGACGUGCUGAUCGGCGAAGUCGAGGACAUGUCCCCAUGGAAAGAGCUCUGGAUCCACAUUGCGCCGAUCAGCUACCAAGAUCUCAAAUCCGAGAGCCUCUUCAGCAUCACGUGGCGUACGGUGGCUCUGCCGAUUCAAGUCUGCCUUGCUCUCACAGUUCCCGUCGUGGACUACGAACACGAAAAGGAUAACUGGUGUCGAGCGCUCAACGUCAUACAUUGCAUAACGGCCCCGAUGGCGAUGGCCUUGAUCGUGUUCAAGGACGUUGACGUGUACGACGGCGUCCCUCUUUUCGUGUUCAUUUUCCCGCUGGGGCUGUUGCUGGCUUCCCUGGUGGUCAUUUCGUCAGAGCAAAGAAAAGCGCCUAGAUACCAUUUCGGUUUCGCUCUGUUGGCCUUCGCAACAGCUGUUUGUUUUAUUUACGCGGCCUGCAGAGAGCUUAUGACGGUUCUGAAGGCACUCGGUCUGAGUCAAAACAUCGACGAUAGCGUAUUGGGUCUCACCGUUCUCGCUUGGGGUAGCAGCAUGGGCGACAUGAUCACGGACUCGACGGUCGCCAAGCAGGGCUACCCCUCGAUGGCGAUCGCCGCUGCUUUCGCUGGGCCUAUGUUGAACCUGAUCAUAGGAUUCGGACUUUCUUUCAGCGCGAAAUUGGUACAGACUCACGAGACGACGCUUACUGUGCAAUUUCCCAGUAUUCUGUUCGUGCUUUACGCUGCCUUAAACUGUAGUUUAAUCUUAUCGGUGAUAUUCUUGAGCUGCAACAAAUUUCGAUCGAGCACAACGCACGCUAUCGCAUUGUGGCUAUUGUAUGGUAUUUUUAUUGUCACGGCUCUUACCAUGACCAUUCAUUCGGAUAUGAUUUCUUAGAGGAUGUUAUCAAUUAUGUAAUUUAUUUAGUUCUGAUCACCUAGCCGGUUUCCCCCACGUGAACGGAAGUCUUCGGAUCUGGAAGAAUAAAGACGAACCGUGGCUUCGUCAGAUCCU